UGGUCCGUAGCCGCGCUGGUGCAGCAGGAGGAGGAAGCGCCGUUUCCGGUAAUGAGCGACUGACUGCUGACACCGCCAAAGCCCGACGACAAACCCGCUGCUUUUGGCUUCUAUCGGGGUGAAAUUGUCCGCUCUUAUCCGGGCGGGACGUCAGACGGCUUCCAGCCAAGCGUUCGGCUGGAGAGAGGCGUGAAGCUGAAGUGAAGGCGCGGGGUUUGAGCCACACUCCACCGGCAUGGCCCGCGACUACGAUCACCUCUUCAAACUGCUGAUCAUCGGUGACAGCGGUGUUGGAAAGAGCAGUCUUCUCCUGCGUUUUGCAGACAACACUUUUUCAGGUAGUUACAUCACCACUAUUGGAGUCGACUUCAAGAUCCGGACGGUGGAAAUCAACGGAGAGAAGGUGAAACUGCAGAUAUGGGACACAGCCGGACAAGAGCGUUUCAGAACCAUCACGUCUACGUAUUACAGAGGAACCCAUGGGGUCAUAGUAGUAUAUGACGUCACCAGUGCCGAGUCCUUUGUCAAUGUCAAACGAUGGCUGCAUGAAAUAAACCAGAACUGCGAUGACGUCUGUCGAAUAUUGGUGGGCAAUAAAAACGACGAUCCAAACUCUAAGGUUGUGGAGACGAAUGACGCACAGAAGUUCGCAGAGCAGAUGGGAAUCAGUCUGUUUGAGACGAGUGCAAAAGAGAACGUCAAUGUGGAGGAGAUGUUUAACUGCAUCACAGAGCUGGUGCUCCGGGCAAAGAAAGAGUCUGUGGCCAAACAGCAGCAGCAGCAGCAGAACGAUGUGAUUAAACUUGGCAAGAAUAGCAAACGAAAGAAAAAAUGCUGCUAGUGCACGAACAGACGUUCCUCUGCACGGCGGUCGGCACAUGCAGACGGACUGUGAUCGUCUCAAUUACGAUUUCACACAAACACAGUGCGGACAGAAUGCAGUCCUUUCUGGACCGAGACAAACCACAAAGACUUUUUAAAAGAAAAUGUACAGAUUUUAUCGGAGUCGAGGAGUUUCAUGUGGAAUUCGUGAUAUUUAAUAAAAGAUCCUCCUUCUUUAUUGAAGGACCAGCAAGCUGACAUGAUCGCCAAACCGUGCAGGUUUCUGUAUGCUUUCAGAAUUACUCUCUAUUAUCCACCAUCUCAGGAGUGAUUUUUAUUUUCUUCUUCAUUUUGUUUCUUUCUCUCAUUUUUUUGUGGAAUGCCAGUGUUUUUUGUUUUUCUCCAAGAACAAUUUGAGCCUUUUUUCCCCUUUUUGCAUUUUUUCUUUUUAAUGAAAUCAUGCAAUUACAGACAUUCGCUCAUCAUGGACUCCGUGCAAGACAGAUGCCAACAACUUUUUGUCAAUUUUAGCUCAUUUUUAGUCUGUGAUCUGUCAAAUAGCAGUCUUUUGAUUCUCUCGUUUGAUCUUUUUUCCUCAAAGCUGUUCCUUCCUUUCACUGGGUGAAUCUCAUAAAAAAGAGCAUAUCCAUGUUUUAAAUGUGAAAUUAAUAUUUUGCAUAAAGAAAAUUAAAUCUGUUUAAGACCAAGACAAUUAAGCACAACCCAAAUUCUCAUUUUACAACGCAAGAAAAGUGGUUUAUUAUUUGUAAAGGAUCAUGAUACUAUUUGUUGUACUGCCUUUAAUUAACGCUCACUUAAAAAAAAAACUGUUGCAUCACAGUCAUUUUGUACUGUAGCGCAUUAAAACAUCUGGAUGUGUUACAGUAAUGAGCAUUAGGUAGAGGAUUGAGUGAAUCAUUAUCAUGAAAAUGUCCAUUUAAAUCCUUAAAUUCUUGGCUUUGAAAUAUGCUUCAUGCAAAAUAUAGUUUCUUUUUGUCCUUUAGAUUUAGGGCUGCACACGUUUUCACGAGAUUCACAGCAUUCGUUAUCUGGAUGAAUGUCUUCAGGCCAAGGACAGCAUUCGCAGACGUCUUUUGCCGCUUCAGGCUUGUGUUUUUCUGCUUUUGUGCUUCCCGUAAAGAUGAAAACGAUGCGGAUGGAAGAUACUGCCAUAAUCUCAGAUGGUAUCCUGACAGAAUUGCCCUCUCGUUCAGUGUUGCCAUAGAGUUUAGUAUUGAUACGAACGCUGGAGUCGCACCUUUGGGUUUAUGGAUGCACCUGAUUGAAGCCGAUAUCAAGAUUUGGUCUCCUGCAUCUCAUCGAAGAGUGAUGUUAUUGUGUCAUACGAGGUUGUAACACAUUGUUAUGAGUCCUGUAUGAAGCACAAGAACCUCAACUCAUCUGGACCCAGAAGACACUGAUCCAAAAAGAAAAAAAAUUACUAUGUUUAUGCACAGCUGCAAAGGGUAUAUUGCUAAUAUGAAAUGUAAUAUGUUUUUAUAUGUGGACGGGAGAUGUUAUGUUAACGUGUUCAAGCCAAAGGGGAGAAUCUUGUUCGUGUUCAUCCCUAAACGGACAAAUUUCUUGAAUUUUCUUGACACUUUUACUGAAUAGAGUCUUUAUGGCAGAUCCUUUGACAGAUGUGAUCUUCCUUUGGCGUUCUCUAUGGGAGUGAAUCUCACGAAAACGUGACCAUGUCACAAUUCAACCCUAAAGAAAAUAUUUUACGUAAAGAAAAAGAAGCCCAUUAAUUUUUGUUAUAUUGUCUUUUUUGCAGAUAAUUAAAAAUGCUGCAAUACGGUGAUUAAAAAGGUAAAUUUAGAUCUGCAUUAAUGUCAUUACAACUAAUAGUAUAAUAAUAUACAAAUGCUUUACAAUUGAAAUAUGCAAACAAAGAACCUAAAAUGGGCUUCAUUGGUUUCAUUUCUUCUUUUGAGUUUGUUCUUGAGCGUUUUUGUGAGAUUCCCCAAUAGGAAUAAUUUCAUUAUUAGUAUUAAUUCAGUAAGCCAAAACACACCAGAAGCCCUGGCUGUGCAGUGAGCCAAAUUCAACACGGUCAUGUGACUUCUGUUCAUCGUGUAUGUGCGUAUACUUGCACGUAUGACAUAUUAGCACAUGUUCAUGCAAAAUGUGCUGGUUGAAACACUUUUUUCAGCUGUGGUUAUAUUAUACACUGGAGAAAUGUAUUAUGGACCUCCCCUUUAUGAAUUAAAUCAUUAAUAAAUAUUUUAAAGAAUUAAUAUUUGACACAA